AUGAAAAAUGGAUCACUAUCUGUGACGCAUUUCAGUUACCUGAAAGUGCUAGAGGUCUCGGAAGUACAGGAUGGAUGCGGGGAGUUAAAGCUUGCAAAUGGACUUAAGUGGAGGAAAUUGCAUGGGGAAGCGGAGGGAGCAUCACAACUUGAUGUCAAAGAGGAAAGGAAAAGGAUGACCAACUUGGCUCGGCCAUAUUCUCUGGUGAACAUCUACAACAUGGAUGAGACUGGUUUAUUCUGGGCUUCUCCACCUGACAGAACUCUAGCUAGAGAGCAUCAUCAUGGCUUGAAAGGUAGCAAAGCUCGAGUUAACAUAUAUGUCCUUACAGUCAACGCAGAUGGUUCCAAUCGACAUCCCCCUCUUAUCAUUGGUGUUGCUAAACGACCUCAUUGUUUUGGGCGAACGAGCUAUGAGGACCUUGGCAUUCAAUGGGAAUCACAAGAAUCAGCAUGGAUGGAUCAUGUGAUCUUUGGUCGAUGGCUUCAAGCGUUUGAUUGUGAAAUGAGGUCACAGAAUCUACACAUCCUUCUUAUGGUGGACAAUUUCCGUGGUCAUGAAGUCCCUCUGGGCAUCACAAACAUCCGAGUGGAAUUCUUUGCUCCAAAUCUCACUGCUCAUGUCCAACCACUCGAUGCGGGGAUCAUUGCCGCUUUCAAAGCACAUUAUCGCAUGCAAUUCUGUCGACGAGCUCUUCACCGAUUUGAAGAAGGUAAACGGGCAAUUGUAACGGUACUGGAAACACAAUGA